AUGUUUCGUCGACUCCCCCAUACUCUGCCUGCAGACCCGGUUUUCACGCCCGAUCUAGAAAAGCUGGGAUUCUUCGUGAACCAGGACGAUCAGAUUCGGAUGAUCAAGAACCCGGAGCAGAAGUACCAGUACCAGAUCAAUAGGAAUGAUCGGGUCAAUCAGGUGUAUAGGCAAGCGAACAAUGACGCCGUCCGCAAAAUCGUUCAGGACCGACUCUCUGAACUAAGUAUCGAAACCGUCAGACUACCCCUGGGUGCCGGCGAAACAGAUCAACAUCUCCCCAUCUUGGUCUCCAAGGACAUCUCGACCAAAGACAGGGCCAUUGUCUACUUCGGCGAACGGGCCUUCGAACCUGGCAUCCUGUCCUGGCGCGUCAUCGGCGACGAAGGGAUCAAAGUCGGCUCCGUGGAGGAAUUCGUCAAAGCAGCGCUGUUCUCGCCCAUGCCCACAUCCCAAAAUACGGUCCCGGGUGUCGUCAUUGCAAAUCCAUGUCAGCUUUUAUGGUAUCGUGGCGGAUCCAGACCCGUGUCACCCGCUGAGUGGUUGUGCUUGCCUCGACCGUCGGCGGUGCAUGAGCCGUUUAGGGUGGAUGAAGUCAAGAAUAAAAUUCCUGGAAACAAGGAUUACAGAGAACAUGUGUCCUAUAUGUUCGAGCAGGUCUUGCCUCGGCUGCUGAAAAGGGAGGCGAAACUGGAUAUUGUGGGCAUCGAGUAUCCUGGUUCCGCCGCAGUCGAGUAUCUUGCGAAACACUGGAAUCAAUGGGCACCGCGCAUCACGGGCAUUUCUCUCAUCGAACCGCAGUUCAAAGUGCAGGACUUGGAAGACGAGCAUGUUCCUCGAGAGUCCUUGGAGUUCUUGUCCCGACGCUGCCGCGCUUACUUCGUCAACGGUGCGCCCCUGGAGACCCCUAUUGUGGGCAGAGAGACAUAUGGGUGUAAUUGCUAUUCAAGCGGCGAGGCUUCCUACCAGGAGAACGCCAUGGUUCGGUGUUGGCGCAGUAUUCUAGACUGGUUCAAUCUGCUGUAUGCUAAUCCUGAGCACGAGGAAGCAGAGUUUGUGAUCAGAGAAGUGGAUGGCGACGAGGUUAAACUGGGGUGGUGA